AUGGACACCGAGCGGGGCUCCCUCGCCUCCCGAGACGCGGAGAGCCCGAUUAAAGAGAUACCCCUUCGAGUGACUCCGACAGAGAUGAAGUUCCUGGACGCCCUGGCGGGAAAGGUUUACCGCCUCCCGAUUACUAUACACAAUCUUGGUCGUAGUAACCUGAAAAUCCGGUUUCAGGAGCCGAUCAAGCCACAGUUCAAACUGAAUUUGCCCAAUAUGGAUAAAGCGCUUGCUUCUGGCCUUCAGAUGACAGCUACGGUGGAAUAUCAUCCUGAUAAAGAUGAAGACACUUUUGACCAACUGCUUAUUUCUAUAGGAAAUAAAACAAUAGAAAUCCCUCUACUUGGGUUGAUUCCUUCUUGUCAAUUGGAAUUGCAAUUUGAGUCAGAAGUUGAUUUUGGUAUACUGGUUGCCAAUAGUAAAGUAUAUUGUAGAGACAUUAAUAUCAUUAACCAUGGCAGAGCUCCAGGUAUAUUUUACACAGAUUAUCAGGGCCAAUUACCCAUCGUUAUUUCUCCAAGUAGUGGUAUUGUGGAGUCUAAGUCAUCAAUGGUUAUCAAAGUGGAUUUCUGUGCAGACCAGGCCAGAACUGUAAAAGAAGAGGCAAUAGUGAGUUUGCAAGGCCGUCCUAACAUAGUCUUGACUAUCAAAGCUCAUGUAGUUGAGCAGAUUAUUGAAUUGUUAAACAUUCAUAACGACAGAAAGUUGGAAUGCAUACAUUUUGGCUCUCUUUUCUUUGGAACAUCAAAAAUUGAACGUGCUCGUCUAUAUAAUAAUAGCCCGGAACCCAUAAAUUGGGUAGCAAUAAUGCAAAAUGAUUGCAUUGGAGAAGAAUUGGGUACAAAUAUUCAACAAAGAACAGACGUCGCUCUGAAUAAUCUCAAUUAUCUAAAAAAAGUAAAGAAAAUAAAUAUUACUGCUUUUAUCGCCUGUAUUCCUAAUGAAGGGACUUUAUUACCUUAUCAAAAGAUUGUAAUUACCUUUUGUUUCAGUCCAAAACUAAUUAUUAAUGGUAAAAAGGAGGUAGAACCAUCACACAGGCAGGACUAUGCUGUCUUUUUGACAUUUGAAUCUGUGGGAAGCAAAGAUGGAUUUUUAAGAGAUGAUAACAGUAAAUGUGUCAAAAGUGAUCGAUUUCAGAAAGUGGAAUUAGCACUGACAGGCUCAGGACUUCCUGUGUCAUUACAGUUUGAGCCAGGAAAAGUCCUUCAUUUUAAACCUUGUUUCAUGGGUGAACAUUCAGAUAUUCUGUGUGUUAUGAAAAAUCUAUCCAAAUCACUUUCAGUGACGUACCAGUUUAAAAAUGCUCCACAAUUUACUACUAAUCCCAAAAGGGGUAGGAUUGACGAAGGAUGUACUCAGAAUGUGAUGUGUUCCUUCACUCCACAUCAAAUUGGAGUCUUCAAAGUGAGGCAGUUUAUAGAGUUUAUUGGCCCAGUGGUAGAUGAACAAUUUCAGUCUUUGUCGAUAAAACCUUUUUAUCACGUACAUUUGGAUUUCCACAGUAUCUGUAGAGCUUCCAGGAAGAAGGUUGUAAUGAAAGUUAAUCCUGGUAUAUCCCCUGCGAUCAGCAAUCCCACAGGACAGUUUGUGCCUGAAGAUUUUGCACAAGGCAAGGACUAUGCACCUGUAGCAAUGCUUCGAUCAGCCACAACACACAUUCAUAAUCAUCAGUCAGGUAAAGAGUCAAUAAAGGAUGCUCUGAUAGCGCUUCCCAAUGACAGAGCUGCAAGUAUCAGGCCUGGAGACCAUGAUGAACAUUUCAGGACAAUUUUCACAAAGAUUCCAAGACAUAACUAUGUGGAUCCUGAUUUUUCAUACAGUCUAUUUGAAAAAGUAGAAAAGAAAGCAAACAGAAUCUACUAUGAUUACUAUAUUACAAAUUCAAGAACUGUGCGCAUGCAGAAACAAGCAGAUAGGAAAUACAUGUUUGCACAUAAUAAUACAGACAUAGGCAUACAGCCCGGGUCAGGGCUAAAGUCGCCCUCACUCUCAGAAACAGACAUAGAAGAGCCGCUACCUUCUUCAGAGUGUUCAAUCAAAUCUGACCAAUUGCUCAGUACCAGGAAUAUAACAUCCAAGGAGGAAGAGUCCCUGAAAAGAAAGGUUCUCAAAGGACUUAAAUCAGCCCCAUCUACAAACCAAGAGAAAUAUGAUUGCAGCUUAAUUUUGACCCCAAAGCAAAUUCAUCAAGUAAUUAUUGGGCCUUCCGUUUUGAAUUUUGGUGAUAUUUGUGUGAACUCCUCAAAUACUCAUCCACUGCAUGUUAUUAAUAUGCUAUCUAUACAUGUUUUGGUCCAGUUAGAUAUUAAUUUGGAAGAACUUCAGAAGACAAAACAAUUUUCAUAUGUAGUUCCACCUACAUCCAGUACUUAUAUUUCAAUGAUAUUUGAGUCUUCUACUCAUGGAAAAUUUUGGAAGUCUUUUACCUUUACAGUAAACAAUGUAGUUGGUGGACACAUCCUAGUGAUGGCGGUUGUCCUGCCAGUUAAACUUGAGCUAUCUUCUAAUGAAGUAGUAUUGAGACCAAGAGGCUUUUCAGUGAAAUCAUGUUUUCGGGGAACUGUUAAGUUACAUAAUCACCAGAAUCGUUCUACUCAAUUUGAAUGGCAACCACUAAAUAUUGGAAAAGGGAUGGCAUUUUCCAUUCGUCCAGCUAAAGGCAUUGUUGAAGCAUAUUCCUCAUUAGAAUGUGAAGUAACAUGGCAUCCAGGCUUCAGUUCUCCUGAAAGAGGAAGAUUUAUUCUUCAUGCUUAUGAAGGAAACACAACGACAUUAAAAUGUGUACACGUGUAAGUAUUUCUGUGAAUAUCAUUUUACUUUGAGGAGUAUGAAUUUGUUGGGUAUACAUAUAUCAAUCCGAUCAAGAAACAGAAUGUGAUUAGCACUACAAAAGAACCCCCUUUCCCUCAGCCUACCCUUCCAGUCACUAUGUGUCCCUCCUAG